GUAAAAAUUAAUUUAAAAAUGGCGUUACCAUGGUUUUGUGCGCUUAUUUUAGUUUGUAAUUUGGUGUAUACAAAAAGUGAUAGUUCUGAAGAUGCCUCUUAUAACUUGUACUAUCCUUAUAUACAAGGCUAUUUAAAUAAUCUAAAUUCGAAAAGUGACAGUUUACACGAUUUUCAAUAUCACAGCCUUUUAAACGCGCAAAAAGAGGCUGAUAAUGUCAUUAAAUUAACAAUUGAAGUAACAGGACAUUGUCGACAACAAGUUCCAAAUCCCUGCGAGAAUGGAUUAUUCACAUGUAGUGCAGUUUUGCACUUCAUCAAUGGUAACUACGAAGUCCAAAAUGACAAUCUUUGUCAACGAAAAGUUGAUCCCAAUUUAAACAACACCGGGCAGUCACCUGCUCCCCCUGUAACAGAAAGAGUUGAAACAGAAGACCAUCCCAUUAAACUUCAUUUUGUUGUUGAUCCUAUUGAAAAAUCAAUAGUGACAGUUCAUAAAGAUGAGUUUCACUGCACCAACUGCCCCAUUGAUCUGGAUACAAACGUUGAUGGCAUCGAGAAUCUGAUCUCUACUGCCCUUGAGCAUAUUAAUUCUGAGCAAAACGUUAAAUACGCCCAGGUUAAGGUGUUACGUAUUCAACAAGAGGUGACAUCCGGUGUGAAAUUUAUCUUACUAUUAGAAGUUGCACCGACCGUCUGUUCCAAAGAUGUUAAAAAUUUGCAACCAUGCCCCAUUGAUACUGGGCUUCCACCUGAGAUAUGCAAAGUGCAAUAUUUGCAGAAAUUGUGGAUAAGCAGAUCAAAGAAUGUAAUAGCCAAUAAUUGCACGAUUUCUCAAGAUUUUUCCGACAUUCAGUAUUACCCACUUAGAGUAACCACUACCAAGAAAUAUAAUUUUGAUGAUUUUGAUUGGGCCGAUCUUGAAUCUCAAAUUGAAUACAUUGCUAAACCACAAUCGGAACACACUGCUGCGUCGGAAGAUAAUGCAGUUUUGUCAUCAACAUCUGGUGAUACAAAGGAGGGAAAGUUGGUAGAGAGUAAUGAUGUGGAUAAAAAGGAUGAAAUUAUGUUGGCCGACCAACCUAAGCAUAAGCGUAGUCAUCGGGAUAAUUCGAUUGAUAGUGAUGAUGACGACGAUUGUGGAAAGAAAAAGAACAAGAAAAAAUCGAAAAAGCAUUCAGAGAAAAAGUGUGACGAUUCUGAUGAUGAUGAUAGUGAUGAUGAUGACGAUGAUUGCAGUUGUAAAAAUAAACACAAGAAGGGAAAAUCGAAACACAAUCAUAAGCACGACAAGGGUUGCAAUAAAAAGAAAAGUAAGGUAGAUAAGCACAAGUCUUGUGACGAUGACGAUGAUAGCAGCAGCAGUAGUAGCAGCAGCAGCAGCAGCAGUAGUUCUAGUAGCAGUAGUUCUAGUAGCAGUAGUAGUAGUAGUUCUAGCAGUAGUUCAUCUGAUGAAUCUGAAGAACCCUGUAAGAAGAACACUAAACGUGGAAAACGCUCUUUUGAUCAUACAUUAGAAAAAGUCCCAGAAGGAGAAAAAUAUUUACUAAAGCAACUCACCAGUUUUGUCAUUUCUUCUCUACAUAACGACAAGAAAACUACCGUUGCAGAAGUAGUCAAUGCAAAAAGAAAAGUAAUGAGUGACGGUAUCAAAUAUUACUUAAUGCUUCGGCUAGGAAAUCCUGCAUGCGCUCAAGACGCAUCAUCAAAUGAUUGUAAAGAGCAUGUCAUGAAUCCCACCAGUGUUUGCGACGUAAUUGUUCUUAUCAGCGAAGAUAAGCAGAGCCCACAACUUUUAAAAAAACAUUGCUACAAAGUAGGCACCGAAGACGGAAAAGAGCACGAUAUUUAUUCGACUGUACGAUCUAAAAGGCAAAUUCCAGGCGGAAUUAACGCAAUUUCCAUCAACGAUCCCGUAGUGGAAAACUUGGCCAAUACUGCCCUAAACCAUUUGGACUCGCAGACAGCGCAUGAUACCAAGCACAAGAUUGUUCAAAUACUAAGUGCUUCCAAGCAAGUUGUUGCUGGUUUCCUUUACAAUGUCACUGCAGAAAUUACAUUGUCGGAGUGUCCCAAAUCUAGUACUGCGCAUCCUGAUUCUUGUGUCACGCUUCCCGGAGCAAGUGUUCAUACUUGUAAUAUUAUCUUGUGGGAAAGACAAUGGUUACCUAACGGACGGGAAAUCAACAUAACCUGUUCUGAUGGCACCUCUCCCAUCUCAUCUUACAGUUUUAGACAAAGAAGAAGUGUAAAUAACUUAGUAGGAGGCAACACUGCUGUUGCCAGUGCAGACCCAGAAAUUAUUAGUUACACAGAAAAUGCAUUAGGGCAUUUAGAUUCAACUUCACAAUCUGAUAAUAAAUAUAAAAUUGUACGUGUUCUACAAGCAACAAAACAAGUUGUUGCAGGAAUGAUGUAUCGAAUCAAGGCAGAAAUUGUACUUUCUGAUUGUCCGAAAGGUAGCAGGACCGCUCUAGCCACUUGCGGUUCAUUAAGCGGUGCGCCCACUCGGGUAUGCAGGAUUACUGUAUGGGAUCGACCUUGGCUACCUCAGGGACGCGAAACCAACAUUACGUGCGAGGAUGAUUCCGUUUCCCAAAGUUUUCGAUCAAAAAGAGAAAUAAAAACUUUGAGUUUUUCGUUAUUUCAAACAUUCGUGAAGGAGUACAAUAAAGUCUAUUCGCCAAAUGAGUUCAAUUAUCGUUUCAAUGUAUUUCAAAAAAAUUUGGAAAAAAUUAAAGAAUUAAAUGAGCAUGAAAAAGGAACCGGAAGGUAUGGUAUCACAAAGUUUGCAGAUCUGACUGCGGCGGAGUUUAAAAAAUUUAUGGGAUAUCGUCCAGAUUUGCGCACUGAUGAAAAUACGAUGUCAUAUCAUCAAGCAGAAAUUCCUAAUGUAACAUUACCUGUCGAAUUCGAUUGGAGGACGAAAGGAGUCGUUACCCAUGUGAAGAAUCAAGGGUCGUGCGGCAGCUGUUGGGCAUUCAGUGUUACUGGAAAUGUAGAAGGGCAGUAUGCUCUCAAGUACAAUCAGUUGUUGGAGUUUUCGGAACAGGAACUUGUAGAUUGUGACAAAACUGAUCAGGGUUGCAAUGGAGGAUUAAUGGACAACGCUUAUAGGGAAAUUGAAAAAUUGGGCGGACUAGAAACAGAACAGGACUACCCAUACGAAGGAGACGACGAGAAGUGCCACAUAAAUAAAUCUUUAAUUAAAGUACAAUUGAGUGGAGCUGUUAACAUCAGUAAUAAUGAAACUGAUAUGGCGAAAUGGUUGGUUAAAAAUGGUCCGAUUUCCAUUGCGAUUAACGCAAAUGCUAUGCAAUUCUAUUUUGGCGGAGUUUCACAUCCGUGGAAAAUGCUGUGCAAUCCUGACGAUUUGAAUCAUGGCGUGUUAAUCGUCGGAUAUGGCAUUCAUAAAUAUCCAUUGUUCAAUAAAACCAUGCCUUAUUGGAUUGUCAAGAAUUCUUGGGGCUCCAGCUGGGGACAGCAAGGUUACUAUUUAGUGUACAGAGGAGAUGGUACCUGUGGCCUUAACAAGACACCAUCCAGUGCCAUUGUAGCUUAAUAAAUUUGUUGUGAGUAGACUUAAUUACGAAACAAUCAUGAUAUCUCUUGCUCUCUCGUAUAGAAAAAAUGUGAUGUCGUAAUAUUGUGAUUCGAUUGUAAUAUGGUUAAGUCUCUGAACAUUGUUAUGCUACAAAACAAUUUUGCCAUUUAACCUGAACUAAACAAACUUAUUGAUACAUAUCGAUAUUAUGUACAAUGAAAUGUAAAAUAAUAAAUUUCAGACUUACACUAGGUUAUGUAUACCUAUUUGCAGCUGAUCAUGUUAACUAUACCCAUUCACAUUUGCGCGGUGGAAAGUUGUAGAACAAAAGUAACACUAAUUGAUUUUGUGAGUUGGUUGAUCAAAUAAUUUGUAGGAAAAUAUUUUCGACAAACGGUAUCAAAUUUCCUAAAGAGCCAUCUUAAGUUUUUUUUACAAUUUGGAAAGUGCUCAAAAUAUUUUCAAUGCUGCAAAUCUCACAAAGGCAAAAAUAAACCAACUUUAAGUACUACUAUAUGGCUAAUUCGAGAGUUUUAAUGUGUUAUAGGUUAAUUCAGAUGUGUUAUACUGAUUCAUGUGGUUUUCUUUUCUAACGAUUGUGCAAAUUAACAUCUUCUUAAUUUAAACUGCUUUCUUGUACCUGCUGAAUUUACUAUUGUUGAUUACUUGUAUUCAGUUUUAUUUAAUGUUGUACACUUUUAAUUCGAUUAAUUUUACUAAGAACAUUUGUUGUAAUAUAUUCCUUUCUAUGCUGUUAGUUUUAUGUCGCUGACGCUGACUACACCCACAAGCACAAGUUUGAAUUACAAUAAGCAUUCUGUA